CAGCCUCUGGCUUCGUGCUCCCACCCUCGACAGGUGGAGAGAAAUGAAGCUUCCCUGGCCUCUCUGCUGGCUGCCGAGGCUGACCUGCGCUCGGAUCUUGCUGGCAGGGAUCUGCAAAUUUCGCAGGGACCAAAUUGUGUGCACCAAGUUCCAGUUCGUCGACCUCGCAGGCAGCGAGUGCGUAAAAGAAACGGGCGCGGACGAGAAGCAGCGAAAGGAAGCCAUCAGCAUCAACAUGGGUCUUCUAGCUUUGGGACAAGUCGUCAGGGCCCACGCAGCGAAGCUCGAGAGUAUCCCAUACAGGGAUUCGAAACUCACUCACCUACUAAAAGACUCGAUUGGCGGCCGUUCUCGUUGUUUGACGAUGGCCUGCAUAUCGCCUGCCCACAACUGCCUGCCCGAAACCUCAAGAACCAUAGAUUUUGCGGACCAAGCGCGGCAAAUUAAUUACAGAUCGAAGGAAUUCUAGAUAGAUUGUCUCAGACAAGAGGUACAUUUUUGUGGGUUCUUGUACAGAAUACUUCGACGUUUGAUUGAAAAGUGCAUAAAAAUUAGAUUUUUUCCGUAACCUUUGAACACCAAGAUUGUCGAAAGAAUAAUUUCUGGCGUAGCAUAAGGGCAGACGUUUUAGAACGGGAACAUUACUUGUCGGAGAUGUGGCAGAGGUUCGCUACCUGUAAUUCUCGUCGACGACGAACCGCUGCCAGAUGAGCAGAGAGUAAUUUUGUAUGACGUUCGGUAUUAACGAGUAAGAGUUCUUCCAUCCUGCGCGAUUCUUACUCCCAGUGUACGACGUGCCAGACAAUGUGGCUAUAGACGAGACGAAACGGAUCACGUGCUUGUAAUUAUCCAUAAGUUGAACGAAAUAUUUUGCCUGCCAUUAAACCUGCUUUCAAAUGACCCACAAUUUUUUCAAUCUAUAAAUUUUAAAUGCAAUUUUAUUCGUGUUGACAGGUUGGCGUCUAAUGCAAAGAAAAUACAGAUCGUUGCGAAAACAUUAGCAUUAAUCGCUAACAACAAGAAGGCUGUUGCGGAGCAGCAACGUUUUUCUUCACCUUUUGUACAAAAAGCAAUCACUUUGAAUCUUGCUCAGUAAACGGGAAUGUGAUUGAAACUCGGGGCCCUUUCGAAGAUCAAAACCGUCCUGAAAAGGAAUUUCUUAAUAUAGAUAGUCCGAUUGAUUAGCGGUGUAAUAAAUUAUUUGAA